UGGACAGCAGCAGCAUCACCUUGGCAGGGCCCAGCAGGGCUCUCCUGAGCUGCCCUUGCCCAGCUGCACACAGACCCUGCCCCAGCCAGGGCCCUGCACACAGGUGCCCAUGUGCAGCCACAGCAAAUGUCCAACAGCAGCUCCAUCAGCCACUUCCUGCUGCUGGCACUGGCAGAGACGCGGCAGCUGCAGCUCCUGCACUUCUGCCUCUUGCUGGGCAUCUCCCUGGCUGCCCUCCUGGGCAACGGCCUCAUCAUCAGCGCCGUAGCCUGCGGCCACCACCUGCACACGCCCAUGUUCUUCUUCCUGCUCAACCUGGCCCUCAGCGACCUGGGCUCCAUCUGCACCACUGUCCCCAAAGCCAUGCACAAUUCCCUCUGGGACACCAGCACUAUCUCCUACAAAGGAUGUGCUGCUCAGGUUUUUCUGCUUAUCUUCUUCAUGGGAGCAGACUUUUAUCUCCUGACCAUCAUGUGCUACGACCGCUACGUGUCCAUCUGCAAACCCCUGCACUACGGGACCCUCCUGAGCAGCAGAGCUUGUGCCCACAUGGCAGCAGCUGCCUGGGCCAGUGGCUUUCUCAAUGCUCUCAUGCUCACAGCAAAUUCAUUUUCCCUGCCCCUGUGCCAUGGCAAUGCCCUGGGCCAGUUCUUCUGUGAAAUCCCCCAGAUCCUCAAGCUCUCCUGCUCCAAAUCCCACCUCAGGGAACUUGGGCUUCUUGUGGCUACUGCAAGUUUAUCAUUAUGUUGUUUUGUGUUCAUUGUUUUCUCCUAUGUGCAGAUCUUCAGGGCUGUGCUGAGGAUCCCCUCUGAGCAGGGACGGCACAAAGCCUUUUCCACCUGCCUCCCUCACCUGGUUGUGGUCUCCCUGUUCCUCAGCACUGUCAUAUUUGCUCACCUGAAGCCCCCCUCGAUCUCCUCCCCAUCCCUGGAUCUGGCACUGUCAGUUCUGUACUCGGUGGUGCCUCCAGCCCUGAACCCCCUCAUCUACAGCCUGAGGAACCAGGAGCUCAAGGCUGCAGUGAGGAGACUGAUGACUGGAUGGUUUCAGAAACAUUAAACUGCUGGCCAAUUUCUGCCAAUCACUUGUAAUAAAACUCAUCUUUGAUACUUCU